GCAAUGAAAGAACUUAUAGAGAAGGAAAACAUUGACUGUGAUUUUGUUCUUGGUCGGUCCUGUGACGUUCAUUUGACUUCCUCUGCUGUUAAUGCUGCUCUGGAGAAUUACCGGCAAAAAUGCAAAAACUAUCAGUCACGUGUUGGACUCUGAGGUUAGCGUCACAUUCACUGCUGGUCAGCUUUGGCCAUAUAAGCUUGUGACCUCGUUGCUCAGAAAGUGUAUGCUGAAAGGGCUCAAUCUGCAGACUAAUACACCAGUUCUGGGAACUCAAAAGCUCGAGGAUAAAUGGCUGGUGAAGACAGCUAGAGGAACAAUUUUGGCUAAGAAGCUGGUCAUUGCCACUAACGCAUAUACUGCUUCCGUGGAACCAAGAUUUCUAAAUAAAAUCGUUCCUAUCAAGGGCAUUUGCAGUCACAUCACUCCAAAAGUCCGCCCUUCUCAUCUGUCUCAUACAUAUGGUAUUAGGUAUGAUGGUGCAGAUCAGGACUACUUGAUCAAUCGUGCCGAUGGGACUGUCGUCGUUGGUGGUGCUAAAAAGCAUAUAUUCCCUUUCAAGAACGUUUUCUACAACGUUGUGGAUGAUAGUACUCUAAUCCCCGGAACCAAAGAGUAUUUUGACGACUAUAUGAAACUUUUCCACGACUGGAAGUUUACUGAAACGGAGACCGAUCACGUCUGGAGUGGUAUUCUUGGUUAUACCGACGACUCUUUGCCAUAUGUUGGUGAGAUGCCGCACGAAUCCAACAAGUUCAUUAUCGCAGGGUUCCACGGCCAUGGAAUGCCGCGAGUUUUGUUAUCGGCUAAAGCUUUAGCCAGUAAUAUCAUGGGAAAGAAAUUAGAAGUUCCUGAGGCUUUCAAAAUCUCUCAAGAGAGAAUGACUAAGACCAGAAACGAAAUUCUUGCCUCUCUAGGCUCUCCGGUGGCUAGACUCUAAGUAGUAUCUUAUUGGCAACCUUGUCGCAAAAAUCAAAUUUGAUCUUUC